AUGGCAUCUAAAUCAUAUCACCUCCUUUUAGAAGACGACAAUGUAGAUAUCGACAAAAAUGGAGCAAUAAUCAGAUAUGAUGAUACGUUUGUAAAAGAAAAACGCAAUCAUCGAUUGACAUUACCUCGCCAAAGCGCACCGACAAAAACUAAGAAACGAGCUCGCAAGACCAUUCCAUCUAGCUUCUCAUCAAUGUCCUCUAUCUCUUCGCAUAAAAAUACCGAAUCUUUGGUAAAGGUCGCAGCCAGACCAAGCAAACGAUAUGUAAAUUUAGAGCUUUGCAUGACUUUAACUAAAGCUGAGUAUAAGAAAUUCAGAGAAUUAGGAAACAUAGCUGUUUCAAGUCUUUUGAAGAUUGAAUUUCCUCUAGAUUCCCAAGAUUCAAAAAUGCUCAAGACGUGCAAAAACAUGAUAUUUUCUUCCUAUCCAACACUCGCAACUCGUCGUGACUCGUGGGUAGUGGAUGAAUUGGUACAGUCGGUUUUUGCGAAUAAGCGCAGAUAUUUCCGACAAAAACAACAAAAAGAAUUUAAUGUAUUGUCGAAAGCCAAACAGGAAUCAGCAAAAAAUAAACAUGCCGAUAUGAUUUUUAUUGAAGAAACGGAUUCGGAAGAAGAGAAAACCGAGUCCGAGAAAGAAACAUCACAGGAUGACAAAAGAUCGACGUCUUCUGUGGCUGAUUUGAGUGAAGAGACAUCUACCAGUGAGAAUGAAUAUUCGGAUGAUGAAGAGGAAGUAAAUACAGAAAGUGGGGAUAAAGAUAUUUUCGAGGAAAUUGAAUUUCAAAUUGAGAUUACUAAAGAGAAAGAAUUAAAGAAUACCACCGAAGAAGAAAAUAAGAAUUUAGAGAAUACCACUGAAGAAAUUAAGAAUUUAGAGAAUACCACUGAAGAAGAAAUUGAUUGUGGAUAUGAAAUAGUGGUUUCAUUACCUACAACGGAUGAUGAAAAUGAAAAUGAAAAUGAUAAUUCUGCAAAGCGACGACGAGUACAAAUUUAA